AUCCUGUGGCACCCCCAUGCCGUGGUCCGAGAGCCGGGGGGCUGGCCGCUUGGCCCGGGGGUUGACGGCCAGGAAGGUAGCCGUGGCCCUGACGGUGGUGGCCCUAGGUGCCCGGAAAUUGUACCCGCUGCUACGCCGGGCCACCGUGGGCUCCUGGCACGUGGCCCCGGGGCCGGUGGGCACCUCAACCAGCACGGAGCCCAGAGCCACUGGCGCAGAGUCUGGGGCCGACUUGGAGAGCGUGGAGCCCAGGCCCGACUCAGGGAGUGCGGAGCCUGGGCCGGACUCGGGCCACCGCCGGCCCGUGGCUCAGUGGCCGGAAGAAGAUGCUGCGCCCGGCGUGAACCGGGCUUUCCUGCGGCGGCUGCUGCGGCUGCUGCGGCUCCUGUUCCCUGGGCCACUGUGCCCGGAGAUGGGGCUGCUGGCCCUGCACUCAGCCGCCCUGGCCAGCCGCACCUUCCUCUCGGUCUACGUGGCCCGGCUGGACGGGCGCCUGGCCCGCUCCAUUGUCCGCAAGAGCCCCCGGCACUUCGCCCGGCUGCUGCUCCAGUGGCUGCUCAUCGCCGUGCCCGCCACCUUCGUCAACAGCGCCAUCCGCUACCUGGAGGGGCGGCUGGGCCUGGCCUUCCGCGGCCGCCUGGUGGCCCACGCCUACGGGCUCUACUUCCGCGCCCAGACCUACUACCGCGUCAGCACGAUGGACGGGCGCCUGCGGGCGCCGGACCAGUCGCUCACCGAGGACCUGGUGGCCUUCGCCGGCGCUGUGGCCCACCUCUACUCCAACCUGACCAAGCCGGUGCUGGACGUGGCCAUCACCUCCUACGCCCUGCUGGGCGCGGCCCGGGCCAAAGGCGCCAGCACGGCCUGGCCCUCGGCCAUCGCCGGCCUGGUGGUCGGCCUCACGGCAAGGGUGCUGCGGGGCUGCUCGCCCCGCUUCGGGGAGCUGGUGGCCGAGGAGGCUCGGCGCAAGGGGGAGCUGCGGUACAUGCACGCCCGGGUGGUGGCCAACGCCGAGGAGAUAGCCUUCUACAGGGGGCACCAGGUGUGGGGCAUGGGGGGCCACCCCCUACUCCCCAUUUCCCCCUCCAGCAGUUUAGCACAGAAUCCCACAACUGGAGGUCCCAGGCACAGGUCCCCCAAGUCCCCACUUGCCCCCCCAGUGCGGGUGGAGCUGGGCCCCGACGCUCACUGUCACCCGCGGGCGAGCCGGUCCCCGACGCCCACCGACCCGCCGACGCUCUCGGGUCGCCCCCCGCGGGCAGAGCUGGUCCCCGACGCCCUGAUGCUCUCCGUCGCCCCCGCGGGCGAGCCGGGUCCCCGACGCCCCCCCGACGCUCCCUGUCCCCCGCGGGCCCCGCGGCCGGGUCCCCCGAGCCCCCUGACGCUCUCAGUCGCCCCCCGCGGCGGAGCCGGGUCCCCGAUGCCCCCUGAUGCUCUCGGCAGCAGCGCUGGCCGCGUUCCAGAGGGCCCGUUGCGCGCAGAGAUGCACAGGAGCCGGCGGCUGGGAUCAUCCCCCGCCGACCCUCGGGGAACCGGGGGAAACAGCCACGCGGAGGUGGCUGCAACGCUGCCUUUGCGGGGCUGGCCCAGUGAGGUGAACAGGCCCGACACGGCUUGUCCCCGGCGGCCCGCGGAGGCGCACGCCAGGCCGCACACGAUGGGGAACCAGGCCCGCAGGGCCGACCAGCGAGAGAGCAGCGCGGGCGUGACGGAGCUGGCCGGUUACACUGCCCGGGUCUAUGAGAUGUUCCAUGUCUUUGAGGACGUGCAGCGCGGGCGCUUUGCCCGGCCCAGCGAGGCGGAGGAGGGUGGGGACCAGGCUGCAGCCGUCAUGAGGCACGGGGUGCGCGUGGAGGGGCCCCUCAGCAUUCGUGGCCGGGUCAUGGACGUGGAAAACGGAAUCAUCUGUAAAAACAUCCCAAUUAUCACCCCCACUGGGGACGUGGUGGUGGCCGGCCUGAACCUCAGGGUGGAUGGGGACAUGCAUCUUCUCAUCACUGGCCCCAACGGCUGCGGGAAAAGCUCCCUCUUCCGGAUCCUCGGGGGCCUCUGGCCAGCCUAUGGGGGGGUCCUCUACAAACCACCCCCCCAGCGCAUGUUCUACGUCCCCCAGAGGCCCUACAUGUCCGUGGGCUCCCUGCGGGACCAGGUGAUCUACCCCGACACCGCCCAGGACAUGGCGCGGAAGGGGCUGACGGACGCCCACCUGGAGCAAAUCCUCAGCAUCGUCAGCCUCAACUACAUCGUCCAGCGGGAGGGAGGUGGCUGCUCUCCUUGCUGCCAGGGGGAGGUGCUGUGGGGUUAGGGGGAGUUGGCUGGGGGGGGCUGCAGCCCCCCCAGCCUCACGUCUGCCCCCAGGCCGCAGUACGCCCUGCUGGACGAGUGCACCAGCGCCGUGAGCAUCGAUGUCGAGGGGCGCAUCUUCCAAGCCGCAAAGGAUGCUGGGAUCUCGCUGCUCUCCAUCACCCACCGGCCCUCACUAUGGUAUGUCCCAUUUCCGCCUCCCCCG